CCGAGGCCCAGACCCCUAGGAGUGCGGGACUCACUGAGUUCCCCCACCCUGAGCGGCAGGAUCGGGGAGGGUGUCGGUGCGGAGAGCCCAGGAGGUCCCGGCCUAUAGCCGUGGGCUGUGAGAGGCGCAGCUGGGGGGGCACCGCUCUUCUCCCGGGUCCUGGCGCUGGGGACAGGGAGGCAAAACCUUGGCCAGGAAAUCGGCUCAAGCCAGGUUUGGACUGAGGGCGGGAGACUUGGGGACCCCCGCAGGGGGACUGUGAGGGCGAGAAUAGUCUCCGUGGUUGAGUUGUGUGGUGGGUUGGUGGUGUUAUGGGGGAAGUGUGCAAAGGUGGAUUGUGGUAAAACAGGAGGUGUCAGCGGAGCGGGUGAGUGUGGGCCAUGGAUGUGGGUGGAGAAAGAGAGGGGUGUGUGGCCCCGGGUGUUUGGGCAGAUGUGCAAGGGAAGUGAUGGGGACGGGGGAGAGUGUCCAGGCUGCAUGUGUGGGAAGCCUGUACAUAUAUGUGCCUCUGGGGAGAAUCUGAGGCUGGGGGGAUUAGGAUGAAUGUGCAAGGAGUUAUUUAGGGUGAGUGAGUAAGACCGUUGGGAGCUCGUGUUGUUUGGGGCAAGUAGGCAAACAGUCCCUUGGGAUGUGGAUGUGCACAGGUGGAGGUGGGGACUGGGCUUGCCUGGAUGGGUAUGUGUGGCAGGUAUUGAGAGUGUGCAGGCUUGGGGGCACAGGCGGUGUGUGAACUAAGCAUCACUGGGGAUGGGUGUGGGGGGGAGGGAUGAGAGUGUCAACCCAGGAUGGGUGUGUAGUUCAUGGGCCAAGUAAGUGUGUAAGGCAUGGUUUGGAAUAAAUGUGCAACAGGUGUGUGGUUUUUGCCUGAGGAGAGAGAAGCCUGGAACUGAAUGUCCAGAGUCCUGAGUUCUCCUCACAACUUGGACCAACCUCUGUUACUCUCUGGGCCUCGGUUUUACUAUCUGUAAAAUGGGUCUGAGGACGGUUCAGCUACCUCGUCUCUGCCUGGAGUCUCUCCAAAGCCAGGAGUCAGGGGAAAGAUAAAAGUGAGACUUCUACAACUUGUCUUUUUCUUUCCCCUACUCCCAGGAAGCCCCUCUGGGAGCCUCUCCCGAGCCAUGGACAACCCCAGUCUUCCAGAUCUCCGACAGCCUCUGCUGGUGGGUGUAGGCGGUGAGCCCCCUGUCCAGAAGCCUGGCGAGCCUGAGCCAGGGCCUCCCUUUCGAGAGACAGCCUUUGCAGAAUCACUGAGGGGUUGGCAGUUCCUGCCACCAUCUCUUCCUUCUGUGAGUGCUGUACUGGGGGAGCCAGGGCUCCCCGACCUUGAGGAUGUGUCAUCCAGUGACAGUGACUCGGACUGGGAUGGGGACGGCCUUCUCUCCCCACUCCUACCCCACGACCACCUUGGCUUGGCUCUCUUCUCCAUGCUGUGCUGUUUCUGGCCCGUGGGCAUUGCCGCCUUCUGCCUGGCCCAGAAGACCAACAAGGCUUGGGCCAAGGGGGACGUCCAGGGGGCAGGGGCCGCCUCCCGCCGCGCCUUCCUGCUGGGGGUCCUGGCCGUCGGGCUGGGCGUGUGCACGUACGCGGCCGCCCUGGUUACCCUGGCCGCCUACCUCGCCUCCCGGGACCCGCCCUAGCUGCCCCUGCGGUCCCCACUGUGAACCCAGGGGCCGGCCGCCCAGCGCGUCCGCGGUCGGAGUGGAGAAUCCAGGUGAAUGAGGCGGCGGCGGCGGCAGCAGCGUCCAAAAACGGGGAGUGAGUCGGUUCUCCCCCUCCCCCGCACCCCCCUUCCUGGAGGCCGCAAACAGCGAUUAAACACCAGACA